AUGAGCCGAGUCACAGCAGAUUUAUCGAAGUUCUAUACAGUAAUUACUGCGCUGGAUGCAGAAACGCUGCAACAAGUUGCGGAUAUUGCAAAAAAUCCUCCUGAAACAGGCAAAUACGACAAAUUAAAGAAAGAACUAAUUUCUCGUUUUUCAGAAUCGUCAGAAAAGCAGCUCAUAAAGCUACUCACCGGUCUGGAACUUUCGAACAAAAAACCAAGCCAACUGGUACGUGAAAUGCGCACAUUAGCAGGCGCAAAUGUCUCAGAGGAGGCAUUAACAACACUGUGGCUGCAACGUAUGCCAAACAGUGUAAGAUGCAUUCUAUCAGCAUGCAAAACCACAAGUAUUGAUGAGCUAGCAGAAAUUGCUGAUAGAAUAUUAGACAACAGUCCAGUACCAUCUUACGUAAUGACCACAAACGCCAACAAAUCAAAUGACAAGUUGGAAGCCCGCGUAACAACAUUAGAAAGUUCGGUCCAACAAAUAAAUCAGCAGCUUAUCAACAUAGCAGCAACUUUAGACAGAUUGGAGAAACGAGACAAUCGUGGUAGAGACAACAGCCGCAGCCGCAGCAGUCCUUGCAGACGUGAGAAAGUCUGUUACUACCACAUAAAAUUUGGGGCAGCAGCGACUAAAUGUAGCCAACCGUGCGAGUUUGGCAAACGUAAAAGCGAUAAUCGACAGGGAAACUAG